AUGGCGACAGAGCGCGAGAUUGGCAUGUCUCAGCUGAUUGAAGCAAUGAUGCCGAACCAACGUAGAUGGCAGCCACAAGCCGCUCGUCUACUCUCUAGUCAUCUUGCUUUCGACAUUCUUUAUCUCCCAGGCUGGGUGAUAUCUGGUGCAAUUGUCACUCGACUCAACUAUCCCUCUUCCGAGACUGGAAUUCUGAUCGGAUACUUCAUACUGGCAGGACUCGCUCUGAGCUCUUGGUCCAUCGCUUUUGCUAGUUUGUUCCGAAAGGCUCAACUUUCUGGCAUCACUGUCACGAUCGUGAGCAUAGUGCUGGCUAUCAUUGUGCAGGUUCAGACCCCCAAGCAGACGGGUGCGAUUGUCAUCUUGGCUCUGUUGUUCCCACCCAUGAACUUUACGCUGUUCAUUAUCUACAUGGCCUACUGGCAAAGAGACAAUCUGGCUGCCGUACUCUCGGAAGCGCCUCCUGGAGCCCCCUGGAGAGUGUCAGGUUCAGUGUUCUUCGUGCUGUGUGUUAUACAGAUCCUCAUCUACCCCUUGAUCGGAGCCUCCAUCGAGAGAGCUUUGUACGGUACUGCGUCAAAGGCCAGGAACAUGCAUCACAGUGCGGAAAAAGAAACUGCUCGCAUUACCAAUCUUACAAAGCAGUAUGAACCUAGCUGGCUUUAUCGGAACAUCUGGUCAAGAUUCAGUAAAAGCAAAAGAGAGACUGUGCAUGCCGUCAACGACGUCAGCUUCACUAUUCGUGCUGGCGAGAUUCAUGUUCUUCUGGGAGCAAAUGGUGCAGGUAAGCAUAAAAGAACAUCUUUCCCCUUCGCUCAAGCUUUCCACGUUGUAGCUAUAAAAAUGUACAAUACUUUCUAG